AUGACUCUGGGCCCUGUCUUUUUUGCCGCUCUCGCUUUCAGUCGGUUUGCAUUAGCGCAGACGACCAAUGCGACAUGUGAGGUGUCGCACAAGUGGGCAUCAAAUUCGCAGAAACAGAGUCCUUGCGAGGUUGCGAGCUCGCUUGUCGCUGUGUGCUCUGGCUCGUACGAGGUUGGCGCCUUGCCAGAUGGCUUCCACUACAACGGCCCCGAUGUCGCCACUGCAAAUCCAUGCUGGUGCAAUACUGUGACCUACUCUAUGUUUUCGGAAUGCGCUCUCUGUCAAGGCCGCACUUUCGUUAUGUGGAGUCUUUGGGAGAUCAACUGCAAAAGUGUGACGAAGGACGCGUUCCCCAACCCCCUCCCUGCAGGGCUGCAUGUCCCCGGGUGGGCCUAUCUUGAUGUAGAGGCCGGGGACCAGUUCAACGAAACACUAGCGUUUGCCAAUGCGAAUAUCACCGAAUCCACAGCCGCCUCACAACCGAGCAAAACAUCGGCACCGAUAUCCACAUCGAGGGUAACUUCGUCUGCUGCUGCUGCAACCUCUAGUGCUUCCCCACCGGCGGCUGAUGACUCUGGCCAAGCGCCGCUAAAUCAGAAGCGUAUAAAUGCGAUUGGGGGAGGCGUUGUUGGCGGGUUUGCUGCCCUAGUCGUGGUUGCGCUCGCACUGUUCUGCUUCCAUCGCAAGCGUCGCAUUGCCCAAACGCAAGGAGCCGUCCUUGAAUCGCCGACAAUGAGCGAGCAUCGACCAGAACAUAAUGAUAACCUGGAAGUCGCUCCCAGCAUGAGCCAGCGCAGCAUUCCCUCCAUUACGGUCUCUUCAUUGCACUCGCAACAGGACACGACAUCACACCGCGCACGUGACGACGCUCCUGUUUGA